CUUCCUGCACAUCCUUAUUCUCCAGUCGCCCACACUUCCUGAACAACCCUUCGCAGAUCCAGCGGCCUAAUGUUCUCGCCCCCAGCUUUGGGGCCAAAUUGCCUCUCGUACUCUAUACGCCCUACCAGUCCAAAUUAACUACGUGGAUAGCAGGCGGAACCGCACUACACUCCGUCGCAUCGAUUCUCCAGAGCAUCAUGUCACCCGCAAUCCGAUCCAUUCUUGAUCCGCAGCACUGCCCAUCCUUCCCCAGUCACUAACGCUCUUGAAUUUCCCCACACCGUCCUAUAUACGGGGAACCAAUCUCCCGUUCUUUCGAAGAUCUUUCAGCUUCUCUGAAAGGCCUCAAGCACAAACUCCCACUCCACAACCAUGCGUCUCCAAGCUCUCCUUCCCGCCCUCGUGGCCGCCGCCACCGCCGUCGUCGCUCAAGACUCCGGCAAAGUCGCCCUCGUGAUGGCCGAUAACGCCUGCUGGGCUGAAUUCACCGACCUGCUCGGCUGCAAUGGCCGAUCCUCCGAGCCCAUCGGAGAUUGGGAUGGCAUGCACUGCACCGGUAUGCUGCGAGAACUCACCCCUCGACUACCUCCCUAUCCUGCUUUAUCCUCCCACCCACUUCAUGCGAAAGCAACACAGUAGUCCAGACACUAACUUUCCUCCUCGGAUGCAGAUAAUGGCAAAACCGACGUCUCGGUCUGCGACUCCGGCCACGUCAUGUUCAAAUACGACAGUGGAGCUUCGCCGCUGGGUCCUCCCGUGCCGUUGGAGGCUAAUACCCUGGUGUUCAAGAAUAAUCAGGAUACGUAUCCCAUGCCGUUCAACCAGCCUGAUCCCGGGUGUACUUAUACUACGGCGGAUGGGCCUAGCUGUUAGAUUGAGAUGAGAUGGGUGGGAAAUGUUUGAUGGCUGUGAAGCGUUCUUGGAUUGCUGGGGCGUGGGAUACAGUGCCUGGGAAUGAAUUGUUGAUAACAACGCUGUCGUUAUGAUGGAUGAUGGUGAUGGAAAUGAAAUAUAUAAUCAGAUAAUUUUGGUGUCGCAAUUACCGAGUCCAUUACGAG